AACUUUUCAACAAUCCUCUAAAACUACUUGCCCUCCCAUUUCUUUGUUCUUCAUCUUCUUGUCAUUCAUGGCAAUUUUCAUAUUUGUUUCUGCAAUACUCUUUAUAAUCCUGAGUUACAAUAUAUUCCAACGUUUAAGGUUCAAGCUUCCACCAGGUCCACGUCCAUGGCCAAUAGUGGGUAAUCUCUACGACAUCAAACCGGUAAGGUUCCGGUGUUUUUACGACUGGUCGAAGAUUUACGGACCAAUCAUUUCGGUUUGGUUCGGUUCUACGUUGAAUGUCGUCGUGUCCAAUACAGAGUUAGCUAAACAGGUGUUGAAAGAAAAAGAUCAGCAGUUGGCUGAUAGGCACAGGAGCCGAUCAGCUGCGAAAUUCAGUAGAGAUGGUACGGAUCUUAUUUGGGCUGAUUAUGGUCCUCAUUAUGUUAAGGUUAGAAAAGUUUGUACACUUGAACUUUUCUCACCUAAAAGGAUUGAAGCUCUUAGGCCUAUUAGAGAAGAUGAAGUCACUGCCAUGGUUGAAUCUAUCUUUAAUGGCUGCACUAAACCAGAUAAGAGUGGGAAAAGUCUGACUGUGAAGAACUAUUUAAGUGGGGUAGCAUUCAACAACAUAACUAGGCUAGCAUUUGGUAAAAGAUUUGUGAAUUCAGAAGGUAUAAUGGAUGAACAAGGACUAGAAUUUAAAGCUAUUGUUGCUAAUGGUUUAAAGCUCGGUGCGUCGCUAGCAAUGGCUGAACAUAUUCCAUGGCUAAGAUUUUUGUUCCCACUUGAGGAAGAAGCCUUUGCAAAGCACGGAGCUCGCAGGGACCGUCUCACCAGAGCUAUUAUGGAUGAACAUACUCUUGCUCGUCAGACCAGCGGUGGUGCUAAGCAGCAUUUUGUUGAUGCAUUGCUAACUGUUCAAGAGCAGUAUGAUCUUAGUGAAGAUACCAUUAUUGGCCUUCUCUGGGACAUGAUCACAGCAGGUAUGGACACAACAGCGAUAUCAGUUGAAUGGGCUAUGGCAGAACUGAUUAAGAACCCCAGGGUUCAAGAGAAGGCUCAGGAGGAACUGGAUCGAGUUGUAGGAACUGAACGUGUAAUGACAGAGUUGGACUUCUCGAAUCUCCCUUACCUGAUGUCAAUUGCCAAGGAGGCGUUGCGGCUGCACCCACCAACUCCGCUUAUGUUGCCUCACAAGGCCAAUGCCAAUGUCAAGAUUGGUGGUUAUGAUAUCCCCAAGGGUUCUAAUGUUCACGUAAAUGUCUGGGCUGUAGCGCGUGAUCCAGCUGUAUGGAAAGAACCAUUUGAGUUCCGUCCUGAGCGUUUCAUGGAGGAGGACGUCGACAUGAAAGGUCACGAUUAUCGGCUAUUACCCUUUGGUGCAGGGCGUCGUGUCUGCCCUGGUGCACAAUUAGGAAUAAACUUGGUGGCAUCAAUGUUGGGUCAUCUAUUGCACCAUUUCUGUUGGAACCCAACCGAAGGGGUGAAGCCCGAGGAACUUGACAUGUCGGAAAACCCUGGUCUGGUGACCUACAUGAGGACACCGUUACUAGCAGUUCCUACCCCAAGGUUGCCUUCUGAGUUGUACAAACGUGUCGCUGCUGAUAUCUAAGAUUUCUGUUCCGCAGAUUUUCAAAACUUUCCAGGUUCUGGUUUUCUGUUCUUGUGAUUCUGUCUUUGAAAGCUGAAAUUGAUUUUAGUAAGUUGCUUGGCAAAGGUACUGAGAAAUGAAGAGAACAAAUGUAAAAUGAACGGAUCAAUCUACAUCUUUAUAGUUCUGAUUGAUCGCUACCCUUGCAUCAAUAUAUGAAUAGAUUUCUGAGAAGGUGAUCUCCAAUACGGCAAUACUGUAGCGUAAAUAUAUGAAUAGAUGUCUUUACUGACC